AUGUUCUCCAAAGCUCUCAUUAUCGCCCUUGCUAUGAGGUUAGGCGCGUCUGCAGCUCCAACUUCGGUCGCAGAACCUACUGCUGGAAGCCUUGUCGGACGAUAUGUCCCCUACCAAAGGUUCACAGGCGAUGGAUCUCACUGGUCUAGUAUGAGUGCCUGGACCUCUUUCGAUACCAUGUGGGACAACUCGCAAGCUUUCAUGACUACCUCUUGCACACAAUUUGGUGGUACAGCCAACAACUCCCCUGCCGAGAUUGCUGAUAUCAAAUAUGCCAUCAGCUCUAUCUCUGGUUCUUCGGGCAUUGACCCGCGCUUCAUCCUUGCAAUCAUCAUGCAAGAAUCUGGGGCUUCUAUCAUCGCUGGCAUGAUCAGAGAUGGAAGCACCGGAACCUUGGGACAGCCCGGCGGCGGUGAUGGACUGCAACAAUGCUUGGCCCAGAGCGGUUCUCCAUACUCUGCUCAAGGUGCCUAUGUCGCGGCUAGAAUCUACAAUUCUGGCUCUUAUGCUUGGGGAACGGAUCUUGGAACGCCAUAG